AUGAAAAGUGAUAUGGUGAGCGAUACGAAUCCAACAGUCAAGAAUACAGCGUGUGCUGAUCCAGAAACAGUGGAUCCGUGUGAUGCAACUCAACGAUUCAGAAAUACACCUUUUCGGAAUUACAUGAGUUACACAGAAGAUAAUUGCGCCAACACAUUCACUGCCCAACAAAAAGCAAGAAUGCAUUGUUAUAUCGAUCUGAAAUAUACAAAUUGGAUGGUGCGUCCGACACCAACCCCAAAUCAUAUUGUCGUCGCCCCACGAAUCAUACCAUGGCCAAAAACGAAUUCUAAAAGUGUCAAAAUUAUGUGGGCACCACCAUUAAGUAGCAUGAAUUGCGGUCCACGACAAAAACGUGUGCAAGAAACGCACUGCACUACAGAUAGACGUGUCGUACAAUAUGCUAUCUCAGCUAGUUCAUCCGAACCAUUCCAAAUGUCAGGUUUUUGGGGUCCAGAACAAGCUACCGCAACUAUGAAAACAGUGCGAACCCAUUUAUUGGAUCACAUUCUUGUUCACCCCACAUAA